AUGAUAAGAAAAAAGUGGGCACCCAACGAAAGGGUCAUCAGACCCAUCGUCAGCAAAGGAUGCAUCAAUCCAGUCAACAUAAAAAAUGUAAAAGAGUUGAAAGAAGAAUUAAAAGAUAAAAUAUACACAAACAUAUACGCAUUCAAUACGUUAUGCGAUGGUAUAUACGUCAGUAGAGGCAUCCAUGCAAUUACGGGGAGGAGAAACAGCGGGAAGAGUAGCCUGUGUGCACACAUUUGUGUGAACCUCUUUUUUAACGACUGGCUGCACUACUUCCACUUGUUUUACUCUGCCUUUUUUGACUUUGUGCAAUUUUUGGAAAAUAAAAAUUUUGAAAAUAAGUUUUGCUUGCGGACGGCUAGUCGCCUGCGCCAAUUGGGGGCGGAGUUCGCCCUGGGGAACAAAAACUUCGGCGAGUUUAGGCAGCUGCUGAGGCACUUCGCUGCGCAGUUCGUCGAGGCGGAAGGGGGCCAGGGAAUGGGUAUCUGGGGUGGUAGCGAUAGUAGCGGUGAAGGGGGGAGCGGCGAAUGUGGCCUCCACCCCCACCGCUGCCAUCACCGCGCCCCCCCUCAGCGCUUCUCCAAACGCAGGGCCAUCUACCUCGACCUGGACAACAGCUUCUACAUCGAGCGGUACAAAAAUAUGAUCCACUCCUCGCUCGAAAAAAUAAAAAAGCUGAUGAGCACCUACAAGGAAUUUUGCCUUGAAAGAAAAAGCUCCCUCUUCCUGCUGCUGCUAGAAGGCGACGGAGAAGUGAAGGAGUUCCUCUCACCGCUACGAAGGAAGUACACCGAAUCGUAUGACCCCCUCAUGCACUGUUUUAACCUCCACUUGGAAAAGCACCUCAAUCGCAUCACAUUCGCAGACGUAUACAAAAACUUCCAACUUUUAAAAGUAUUUCACUUAGGCGAACUCAUCAACGUUAUUAACUUUAUCAGCAGCGAAGUGAAAAAAUGGGAACAGCCAGGGGGUAGACACUUCAGUAGGCACGUGCCGUCCGACUUAGGGGUACUCGUCGUGGAUAACAUAAAUUACCUGCACAGGGGGGGACCCCAAGGGAAGAACAAAUGGAACAACGAAAUAAAGCAGCUCCUAAAUACGCUGUCCGAUUUGUCAACAGAAAAUAAUGUGUGUGUUCUCCUUACGAAUAAUGAAAAUAAUUAUUUUAAAAAAAAAGAAGAGAAGCUCUUCCGUCUGUACUCCAAAUAUGUGUACAGACAUGUGCUCGUCAAAUUUAUUAACGAAAAAAAACUUUUUGAGUUUUACUUUCCUGCUAAGGGGAAAAGCAAAUUGGGGCGUCCCCAUGGGAAAGCCAACCCAAAGGGGAGUACCCAAAUGAAUGGGGGCCUCAUCAGGGAGGACAACGCCAACCGGAACAGCGGCAGCGAUGGGAAUGCAAACUCGUCUAGCGAGCAGAGCUUUAACGAGCUGUCGGGCAGUGCCCACGCGGAGUACGCGGGAUACGCGGACGGGGAGGACGUGCACGAUGGAAGCGCCGCCCAUGAUGGGGACCACUCCGAUGAUAGCGAUGACGAAGACGCCAGCGAUGCCUUCUUCAAAAAAAGGUACAACCUCAGGUACAUAAAAAUAAAAAGGAAGAAACGCAAACCGGAGCUGUGCUUCUUCGAGAUAAACGAGUUCGGGAUCGAGACCAUGCUGGGUUGA